CAUUGUCAACUCCGAGCUCAUCAAUUUCGCACAUGAAACAGAACGCUUUCUGUCGAUGCUCUUUGUUCUCGACAGUCUAAGGGGCAGCGACCGACUCAUUCCGAGUCAGAAGUCUCCCUAUAUAAUGCCCUUUGGCACGACAUUAACUCACACGUACCAUGUCAAGGCAGAGGAGUAUGGCUCUGUAACAACUUCACCCCUAAGCAUUGGCCUAACACUUCAGCUUGGAAGGGAGAUUUUCAGAGAGAAACGCCUCUUUGGUGCCGGAACUAUCGUGUUGCGUGCAAGUGUAGGCGAACCUCCUGCCGAUUGUUCAUCUGAAGUGCGUGCACUUUAUGAUGCUUGGCGUAUGGAGAGGAUUUUUGUCAAGCUCAGUGCUCGAUUACACCACGGCAAACAUAGUAAUGGGACAUUCUUUGAGAAACCAGAAGGAGAUGAUCGUCUCCCGAGAGUCCUGCACAUCGAAACCCUGAACAGCUCUCCACCGCAGGAUAGUUAUUUACUCCUCGGAGACAAAUAUUCGAAAAGAGUCUGGACGAUCGAGGUGAUAGGGGAAU